AUGCCUACGCGUUUCUGCUCGGCGGAGGAUACCCGAGGCACGAAGAGAGGUUAUACGACGGCCUUUGGGGAUGAUGGAAAGGAAGCGGACAACGCGAUCGGGAAGAAGCUGAAUACGAACAAGCGGACGGAAAACCAUACGGACACCCUGGAGGACUCCCUCGAGGCCUUGAAGAGAUUGGCAAGUGCAAACCAGGUUCUGAACGAAACAGCGGCCGAAGUUUCGAAGCUGGAAUCGGAUCUGCAACGAAUGAAGCAACAACAGGACGAAAGCGAGCGCAUUAAAGCAUCGGUGCGAAAGGUCCCAGACUACUCAGACAACGUGGGUCUCGCGGACAUGGACCGACUCUUCCGUAUCGACAGCCGGCGCAUCAAGGCCGACGUGGACCGGUUGGAAGCGCUCCGCCGUCACGCGCAUGCCGUGCGGCAAGAGUUCCACGCCUGCUUUUACUUUGCCGAUGUGCUGCGGAACGAGGAUCAAAAGCGCCUACGCCGGCACCAAGGCCCCCUCAAGAUGUUUGGCGACGACAUCCAGCGGAUGCCACGGCCACCGCCCUUGGUCCGCACGCACAACCCGGUCUACAUCAUGCGCGGGAGAAAGUCGUUUGUCCACCACACCCGCCGGGCGGAUGCACGCCGCCGCACGCCGGCCAACCGACGCCUGCACAACUACGCAGUGACCUGUCGCAAUCUCCUCGUGCACGGCAGAGACACCUUCGUCCGGCACCUUCACACGUGGAACAUGUGGAAGGCGAUGCAGGGGCAUAACGCCGCAAAGGCGCAGCAAGCAGCAGCGGCAGCAGCAGCGUUGGGGCCGAGCGAGACGGACUGUGACGGGGCGCAAGGCUUGUAUGUGCUCGACAAAGGGCCCUCGCCAAUGACAACCACGGUCCGGGACGGCACCGGCGACGACGGCAACAAACAGGCCUCUUUCGAUCGCUACGGCUAUCCCAUCCGAACGCCCCGGGGACGCCUUCCGCGUCUGCCGUCCGGCUGCGACCAGCCUCCGGCCACGCUCGACGACGCCGACGACCGCUUGAUGCGAGCCGACACUCCGGCCCCCUUGCCUAUCUACAAGGACUGA